AUGGCUAACGACACUUGCUACGUACCAGGUAAUUCCGACCUCUACGGAUUGGGUAUCAGGACUGGAAUCUAUCUUCAAUGGGUUUCUUCUCUAAUCGCGAACAACUGCUACCCCGAAGAGGUUCCCACUUUGCUUGUCACUAACACAAUAUUUCUCAUCGCCGUCUGCAUUGCAACGCUCAAGUUAACGGCCGACAGUUCACUCAAGCAAGCAGAAUACCUCGUAUUGCUGCGUGUAUUAUAUGGGUUUCUUCUCACGGUUUUGACCGUAAAUGGAACAAGGGUGCGGCGUCGAGAAGAGGAAAGCACGUUCGUGAAUCGCAAAGACGAACUUGGCUCUAUAGCAUCUCGAAACCUCCGAAGGGCCCUGACUGUGGGCAUUAUCUGUUUCAGCAUCUGGUAUUGGGCGAGCGAAGCGAAUGUUGGCGCACGAGAUUCCGCUUGUCGCACCUAUGGGUUCCUCUUCACCAAAAUCCCACUCUCCUCUGAAUUCUACCGCAACGUUGAAUUGACCUUCAGCGCGUUGCUACUGAUCCAUCACAUCAUUCAGUUCCUCAUCGGAAUUGCCAUACUUGCUGGCCUGGCCAUAAUCGCAAUGAUCAGAGUCCGUCGACAAGGAAGGUUCGCAUGGUCCGUUCUCCUUAACUGGCGACUCUGGGCGGCGUUCAAUGACGACCAAACUAACGCCGUAGUUGCAUUGCUUUGUAAGGCUCUACCAAAUCUAUUUGGCCGAGCAUUUCGACAGAUUUCUCGGAAGAAAGGUAUGGCCAAAGAACCGAAGGAAGGUCAUAUCAAGCCAAACUUCUUUGAGAAGCGAGGCUAUCCUGAGAUUGGGAAUGCCCUUGCAGAGUCUCUCAUGUUGAGGGCGGCCAUGGUGUUCCUCUACCUUCCGCUCCGGAAGUCAAAGAUCUGGCCGCGGCUGGAACGCAACAGAGCCUCCCUAACAUUCCUCAAGGCUUGCGGGAAAUCAGUCCAUAGGACGUUCCAGUUUCUGAAGAAUUUGUACCCGCAAGCACUUAAUAUCUUGUAUCUGGUCUGGGCAGUUGUUGGUAUUGAGUUGACAUUAAUCUGGAACAAUGUCUCCGACGUCUACACCAUUCAAUCUACCGGCCAACUUAUACCUUUCUUGACAGGUAUUCUUAGCAUGGCCGAAGCCAUUUGGGGUUUGUGGUUGAACUACCUCAAGCAACGACGAUCUUAUCUGAGAUUCAGAGAUCAUUGGCAUAACCCAAAACAUAUCCCCUUGAAGAAAGACGAGGCUUGGUGGAAUUACCCAGCAGUGAAGCGAGGGCUGAAGCUGAAGGCAGAUCCUUUCUAUGAAAACGCUUCCCGCUCUGCUCGACACAGUAUUUCCGCUAUCGACCAGCUGCCCAAGGUGCCUCGUUACGUUCCUCGGUCAGAAGAGGAAGUUGAACAAGCCAAAAGGUCGAAGGCGAUUCGAGCCUACAAACCUUGGUACAUUGAUGCCACGGACGUCUUGGUCGAAGAUGCCAACGGCGGUACCCAUAAGUUCCUAGAUCGCCAGAUUGAGGUGGAGUAUCCGCUCGGUGGAGGAAGAUAUGAAAUCCGCAAGUACGGACGAUGGAGCUGCAACCAGUCCCUCGUUGAUGAAAGCACCGACCUCGCAAAGAGAGAGGACGCCGAAGAUCCAUUGGUCCCAACAGGUUACUGGGAAUACCCUACGCCGAAAGGAAACAUCGCUAGAUUUUGGGACCAACGAUAUGGGCAUCGAAGCCGGAGCUGCCCAGAGCUUUGGUUCAUCGAUGAUUCCGAAAGCGUCGAGGGUGGCGGCUUUUCCAGGCACAGCUCUGCGUCCAACUUACGUUGGCUAGCUGAGCAUGGUCGGCUGCGCAGUGCUGCUUCAUUUCACCCGACGCCGGUAGCGGCGCGACUGGUUGUUGCCGGAGUAGACCUCACUGAACCGUUUCAUCGCUUGCAGCCAGCCAGCCCUCCUGGGCUGCACAAGGUCUACAGUGUUUCCUCCUGGCAUUCCAGCAGAUCGGGGUCUAGACGAGGGCGCAGUCGAAGACGCAACAAACACGAUUGGUUUGCCUCCCUAUCGACUUUGGAUUCCGAGAGUUCUAUGUCGGACGCGGAGGUGAUGCCAAGGAGGUAUGAGAUCUGGGAUCCCGAGGCGCAAUAUUAGUAUUUUUGCCAUCUUAAG